AAACUAAGAAACCCAGAAGGCCUCUUUUCUUCUCCCUUUUCUCUCCCUUCUCUUUUGCUUCUACCACCUUUCUCUAGCGCUGUGUUUGUUUUGAUUGGAAGCCUUUGAACUUCCGAGGUUUUAAUGCUUGAGUCGGUUUAUGCUCCCUCCUCCGAUAAUCCUUUGGGAUCUGGCGACCCUCGGCUCUUUCUUGUUGAUCUUGGUAGGAGCUCGUUGGUUUUUUCUGUUUUUUGUUCUGUUAGGUGUAGAUCCGGCGACCUUCUUUCUCCUCCGACGGAUCUGAGAUGGCGCGCGCGAGAGCUACCAAAUCUGACGCCCACCACAGCUCUUCUACUGGUUCGAGGGACUUCCGCCGCCAGAUCGAGUUACGCCCGGCAUCCUGGAGCCUGUUGCUUUUUCUUCAAGGGUAAAUAGAAGGGUGUCUUGUACGGAUCGGUCGACCGAAGGUCGUGGUAUAUCCGGGGUCAUUCGUGGUUGUUCAGCCUCUGGAUAUGGGUCUACUCUGUUCUUUUGUUCCAGUUAUUUUUACUAUUUGUUAUAUUUGUAGAUGACGUAUGGCAAUAUUUAUAAUGAAUCCAUUCCAUUAUG